CCUUUUCCACUUCCAAGCCAGACCAAGAUUGGGAAAAUACAUUUCAGUCCUGCUUUCUGCAUAAAAGCAACAGAAAAAUGGCAAAUUUAAAAGUCUCUGCCUUCCUGAUUUUCCUCUUGUUUCAGGUUCAAAAAGGUAAUGCAAAAAAUAUCUCCACAACUUCUGUGACAACUACUGAGACAAAUCCAACAGCCUCAACAGGAACAACAAACACAGGAGAGACUGUUAAAACAACUUAUUCAGAAUCACCAGUGAUAAGGGGGAAGACAAAUACGCAAGAUGCAGGUAGCCAGCAAACUACUAGAAUUACAGUGUCAAGUAUUUCUUCAGUGACAGACACUUCUACAAUUGUACCAUCUACAGGAAGCAAAAACGCAACAUUUGAAACAAUAACCCCUGAGAAGAAUGAAACAGCAGAUAACACAACAACUGUUACUCAGUCAACACUUAUCUCUGUGGCAUCUACUAGACAGAAUGUGUUCACUAUGAUGUCAACCAACAAGGCUGAAUUAACAGAUCCUGCACCUUGGUUAGAACCAACUUUAACUACUUCUGCAAAUGGAUCCAGUCCUUUGUCUGUACUAGCCUUUGCUGUGAUCAUCCUGAUCUUGAUCCUUGUAAUAGUUGUGGUGAUCCUCUUCAGUGUCAUCAGUCUGCGAUUUAAAUGUUGUGAUUUUCAGGAUGCAUCACAAGAUAUAAGGAAGGCAAGGAAUGCUGCACCAUCAGAAAGCUCUCAGGCUAAUGGAGAAAAAGAGAGCAUUACUCUGGUUUCAAUGCGAACUCUAAGUACUGAAACUGGAGGACCAGAACCAUCAAUGCAGGGAUCUCUUCAGAAUGAUGCCAUUGAAGCUGGUGAGACUGAUAAACACUUCCAACAAAUAAAUAACACAAAGUUGGUAUAAAGAAAUUGACAGAGGCCAAUGCUGCAGAUAGGAAUAAACUAUGGAGAAACAUGGACUGAAUCUCACAAUACAACUUAGACAACUCAUUCCAUUCAUCUUCUUUAUUAGUAAAUAGUUCUAACAAUUUUUUUAAAUAAAACAACAUCUGAAAAGUUUCUUGCGUUAUUAUGGACUAAUAUGUGACCUAUAUUCCAGAGUGCUUCACCAUUUUGGGAGCUAAAAUAACAUUAAAUAAGCUGCAACUUUGUAAA